GAGAGGGAGUUACUAGCAGCAGCAGACCAGCUGGGCUCGUGUGAUGGGACAGUGUUCAGUGGGACCAGGCUUCCUAAGUGCCCCAAAGCAACCACUGCUGCAUGCACACAUCAACCCUACUCCAAACUAACACCUUGACAGGAAGAGGGGGGAAAUCCCUUUCUCUUUCUUCUGUCUCUUGUUUCGGCUCCAGUUUUGUGGUGUACAUCCAAAGCUAGAAGCUGCUUGUGCUCCUGCACUUGCUGUGUUUGUUUUCAUUUUCCGCUGUGGCAGACUGGAAGGAUGCCGUUGUCUUGGCCGGACAGGGCUAGGUGUGUGCUGGACCUGUGCGUCCUGGUGGCUGUGCUGGCGACGGGCUGCUCGGGUCAGUACUUGGAGCGCAGGGAGCCCGGCUCGUCCUGCUACGGGGGAUUCGACCUCUUCUUCGUCUUGGACAAGUCUGGAAGUGUACAGCACCAUUGGAAUGAGAUAUAUUACUUUGUUGACCAUUUGGCACACAAGUUCAUCAGUCCUCAGCUGAGGAUGUCUUUCAUAGUGUUCUCCACAGAGGGUCGGAUUCUGAUGAGGCUAACAGCAGACAGGGACAAGAUUCGAGCUGGACUUGAGGAGCUUGCGAGGGUGCAACCUGGCGGAGACACUUUUAUGCACAAAGGCUUAACUCUGGCCAGUGAGCAGAUCUAUUAUGCAACUGGAGACGGUUACCGCACGGCAAGUGUCAUCAUCGCCCUGACGGACGGGGAGCUCCGGGAGACUCAGUUUGACCUGGCGUCGCGAGAGGCCAGUCGAUCCCGCCAGCUGGGUGCUACUGUUUACUGCGUAGGUGUGAAGGACUUCAAUGAAACCCAGUUGGCAACAAUAGCGGACAGCAAAGACCACGUGUUCCCAGUGAACGAUGGCUUUGAGGCACUGCAAGGUGUCAUCGAUUCGAUCCUGAAGAGGUCAUGCAUUGAGAUCCUGGCUGUUGAACCAUCGAGUAUUUGUGCAGGAGAGGUGUUCCAGGUGGUGGUGAGUGGCAACGGGUUUCUGCACGCACGGAACGUGGAGCAGAUCCUGUGCAGCUUCCGCAUCAACGACACCGUCACUAUGAUGAAGAGGCCCUUGGUGAUUGAGGACACUUAUCUUCUCUGCCCAGCUCCAGUACUGCAAGAGGAAGGAACGACUGCCACUCUGUACGUGAGCAUGAACAACGGCCUGAGUUUCAUCUCCAGCUCCGUCACCAUCCGCGCCGAGGCCUGUUCUGAUGGGACGUUCCUGGUGAUCGCCCUGCUUAUCCUGCUGCUGCUCUUGGCCAUGGCGCUGCUCUGGUGGUUUUGGCCCCUCUGCUGCACAGUGAUCAUUCACGAGGCCCCACCACCAGUUAUGGAAGACAGUUCGGAUGAUGAAGACGGUGCCUACCCCAAAAAGAACUGGCCCACAGUGGACGCGUCUUAUUAUGGAGGACGAGGGGUUGGUGGCAUUAAACGAAUGGAGGUGCGCUGGGGAGAUAAGGGCUCAACUGAGGAAGGAGCGAAGCUGGAGUUGGCGAAGAAUGCCCGCGUGAAGCUGCCAGAGCAGGAGUACGAGUACCCCCCCACCCGCACCCUCAACAACGGCCGCCGCAAGCCAAUCGGCUCGCACAAAUGGUACUCGCCAAUCAAGGGUAAGAUCGACGCUCUCUGGGUUUGGCUAAGAAGAGGCUAUGACAGAGUGUCAGUGAUGAGACCACAGCCUGGGGAGAAGGGUCGCUGCAUCAGUUUCAGCAGGGUGAAGAGCUACCCUCCACCUCGCUAUCCGGUGGUCUACAACCACCCCUCCACCCCGGUCUACACCCUCCCCCACGCCUACAGCCCCCCUGCCCCCCAGGGCAAGCUGCCCCCAAGCCCCUGCACCCCACCGACGCCCACUUCCACCCUCCCCCCCUUGCCCUCCACGCCUCCCCCAAACACCAUCACCCCACCCCCUUACACACCUCCACCAAUCAGAGAGCUCCCUCCCACCUCGGCCUGCCUUCCCCCGCCCCCAGCACCGCCGUCGCCAAUCGGAAGCCUGCCGCCCCCCCCCUCAGGUUCCCCCCCUGGCAGAGCCCCUCCCCCUACCCGCCCCCCACCUCGCCCGUCUUGCUGAUCUGCGGCCGUGUGCCUGCAAACGAGAGCUGGCAUGGACUGGGCUGAGUGGGCAUUUCAGAUGAUGAUGAUGAUGAUGAUGAUGAUGGCUCUCAAACCUCAAACCACUAUCAGCACAUGUGGAGGACUGUGAGCCAAUGCAGCCAUCAGUACUAGCAAUGUAUUCUCUCUCUCUAUCUGUCUGAUCUGUCCAUCUAUCUAUCUCUAUUUUUCUAUCUAUAUUCUUCUUUUUAUCUUGUUUUUUUCUUUCACUGUUUUCCUUGUCA